AUUCGCCUCGCCUGGUUGGGGAGAACAGAGAUUUUGUCCGUGGCCCACGGAAUAAUAUAAAUUAAUUUGAUCAUUCCUCUGUUUAGAUCAUCAUUUCGUCGAGACCCAUUUGUUGGGAUCAGCGCUAAGUGCCGCUAUUGAUCAUAAAGAAAAGCAAGAGUUCGAAAGGCUUUUCGGUAGAGGCGCACCAAGAAGCUCGAGUGAGCACGUCAAUGGCGAGGGCCAGGAAAAGGGUUCGCGCGACUCGUCGUGCUGCUGAUGGAAGCGCAUUCCAGAAUUGCGAUACUUGUGGGGAAUCGGUGGCAAUCGCUUUGGCCGACAUGCACGAGUGCGAAGAACCCAAGAAGGAAGUGAAGAGAUUCAGAGGGUUCUGUGGCGUUCUAAAGAGUAACUACGUUGGGGAAGAGAGCGCCGCCGAUCAGCCCAGAUCGGCCUUUUGCUUCUUCAUGGAGAGCUUUCUUAGGAACAGAGAGGGUGUACAUUCGAUUGAUGUCGAAAGAGAGGGAUUUGAAACAUGGAAGAACAUGUCCGUCGAGGAGAGGCAACCGUACAUCAUCCAGGAGCGAAAGAUAGACUCAGUUUACCGGGAAGCUUUGCUUCGAGAGAUAAAUGAUGCAUCUGAGAUGGAAGAUGAGGCGGACUCUGCUAUGGUUGGGAAAUUCGAUCUGGUUCGUGAAUUUUCUUAUGCUAACUUGCGCACAGAACUCCUCUUCUUUCCCAAGCAUGUGCCUUUACAACAUCCUCUUCGUAAUCAGUCGCAGUUCUAUGAAGACUAUGAAGAUGGUGGCAACGACGAUGACGAUGAUGACUCCGGUUGCUUCGAAGCAUUCCCUAGCUUCGACACCUAUGAAUGGCGAAUGGUCCGCUCCUGGGUCGUUAAGAAAGGUGAAGCUGAAGGUUGAUGGCUGUUUCAAAGGUUAUCGAUCUGGUCGACUUACAAAUGACGGUGCUAUGAAAUGUGGACGCUGCGGAAUUUUGGUGAACUCGCUGUGUUCAGAGAAGGAUGAGUCAUAUUGGCUAUUGUAAAGAAACAUGGAUGUGCAUAAGUUUUGUCAGUCGGGAAAUUCUUCCACUCAAACUUGAAGUCGCUGAUCCAAUCCUAGAAUGAUCAAGCUCAGUGCUAAAAUCUGUGCUUUAUCCCAUAUCCUACUGUCAAAGUUUGCA